AAUACAUUGGAGACAGGGCGGUGCGGCUGCUUGGUAAAACUGUACCAUAGCGUCUACUUCCACCGACAUCAACAUGCCGCCGGUGGUUGAUUGAUCAGGGGCCAGGGCAGGGCAGGGCAACAUAGACCGCCUUUCACGAGGGGACAACAGUCGACGAUUUAGAGAUUUGGGAUACAAAAUACGAGUCAGUCGUUUAGCAAAUAUAUAUUUAUAUAUAUAUAUAUAUUCUUGUCUUGCUUUUCCGAUAAUGAUGGCCAGCGGAGGAUGGAGAAGAACGGUGGGUAAUGUGAGAUCCUUCGUGGGGAAUUCCAUGGGAGGCUUAAGGGGAGGCCCCAAUUUGGCGUCUUGGGUCGUCGCCGGAACCCUAGCCUACUUUCUCUGGAUCAAACCCUCCCAAGACCUCAAACGGCAACAGCAGGAAAAGGCUGCUUUGGCUGCAGCUUCCGAUCCUUAUCGCUACAUCGAGAAGCGGAAACCGAUUCCUGAUUCUCAGCAAACUGGUCUAAUUUAUGGAAACAAGAACAGAACUGAAAAGUCAGAGGAAUGAUCCUAGGAUGCGCCAGAAUAUCUAAAGCCUCGGUUUUUGGCUAGUAAUGUUGUCAUCUACUCCAGCAGCAUCUUCAGUGGCAGUGAGGACCCGGUUGAGCAUAUAUGGUCAUCUUCUUUAUCUCUGUGAAGGUUUCUGUCAAGGGCGUGAAGUUCUGGUCUGUCUGGUCGUCUUCUUGGCAUCAAGAACAGCGAAAAUCCUUUCAGAUCUCUCUGGGGGUUGGUGGAUCUACGAAUCUUCUCUUGCCGGCGACUUCCGUGGGAGUUGCUCCCGAGAGUGAAGAGACUCCAGAAUGGGUGGCCAGGAACUUCCUUGGCAGACAGCGAAGGAGAUGAACCAAAAUUGAAACAAAAAGCGAACACUCAUUUUGGUUGUGUUAAAGAAUUUGAAAAAUUUUCAGAACUUUUGAAAAUUGUUUAACAGACAUGGGUAAUCAAACUCCAGUUUCAGUUUUUGUUUUUCAAAAUUUUGGAAAUGCCAACAGAAGACUUGAAGCAAACAUACACCCAAACA